UUAUCUAUGGUUCAUUCAUUCGAUUUACCAUCAAUGUCAUUGAAAAAUUGACAACAUGAAAUCAGCUGAUGACAUUGACUGAUGAGGUUAUAAAAACGAUAACAAAUUCCUAAAAGAAACGACGAAAUUAUUGAUAUUAGAAAAGAUGUCUGGCCCAACUAGAAAUGUCUAUUGGACGGUAGUUAAAAAUUUCAUAAAUUCCUUUAAACCCCGUCGAAUUAGGGGAAAUGAUAUGGGUAAAGACUACAUAGGCAAUUCUUAUUUUGAAAUCCCUGCGGAACCAAGUGCAGGUAAAAGGAAGCCUACUAGGUGGUACAACCCACCAAAGGGUCAAGAUUUUCAAGAUCCCAUACCUGCAGAAUGGGAGGCUUGGUUGAGGAUGCGAAGACAAGACCCACCAACAGAAGAAGAGAUUACAAAGAAUCUUGCUAUAGCUCAGAUGAAGAAAAUAAAUGCAGCUAAAAUAGAAGCUAAAAGGUUGGCUGAAGGUGGAUCCUUGCCGACAGUACCAGAAAAGGGGCACCACUCAUUUCCCGUUUAUCCAGACUACCAUCCUGGUGAAUCACAGAAUGAACUACCCAGUAAAUGAAGAGUUAUUAAAUAAAUUAUAUUUAUUUAGCUAAUGAAAUAAUUGUUAAAAGGCAAAACAACUAUAUAAUUAUGUAUUAGAAUGUUUCAAGUUAUUGAGCAAUUUCUUAAGAUAUUAUUUUUGUUGUAAUAAUUGGUUUUUCUUACCAGUAAUAGGUAAUUUACUUGUCUUUGAGUUCUCAAUAACAAUGCAACCAGCUUUUAGAUACUAGUGGUUCAUUGUUUAGUUAUAGUUUAAUGUAAAAUACCAGUGUGUUAAUUAAUUUCUUGAUAACAAAAGAAAAAUAAAACAUUUUGGCAUUGGUAAUAAUUGAUUAGUAAAAGUACAAAAGUAAAUUCUAUGUUUUAUUAUUUUAUCGCAAUGUUAUAUAACGCUGUUUUGGCGUCUCAUAACCUACGUUUUAUCGUGGGAAUUUUAUUUCUCAUUACCAGGUGCUGUCCUUACUAUACGAUAUGAUAAUGAUAGUUAUCGAUCCUUCACUUAAUAAUGUAGUUUCAUUUCAAUGUUAUUGUAGUUAUGAGCUGUGAUCGUAGUCAAUUAUAUUGAGUUGUUUCUAAA